AGUUAUAAACUGUCCUCUAUAUAAAGAGCUUGAAUGAAUCUCAUCUCAUUGCAUCUCGGGCAACUAAAACCCUACCAACAAUACUACACUUCCAAAGUCAAAGAAAGCCUAAUGGCAGCUCUCUCCUUCACUCACAACCACCAACCAUCGGACAACCGCCGCGGUGGAUCUCACAACCACCGUCACGGUCCCAUAGUGGAAGAAAUAGAAGGACUCAUCAAAGUUUUCAACGACGGUUGCGUCGAGAGACCUCCCAUAGUCCCCACCGUCUCAGCCACCGUUCAUCCAUCUGCCAAGGUUACAGCCUUUGACAUCAAACUAUCCAACGACACGUGGGCACGUGCCUACAUCCCCGACGCCGCAGCCUUCUCACCGUCCGUUACUCUCCCUCUCCUUGUUUACUUCCACGGAGGCGGCUUCUGCGUUGGCUCCGCCGCUUGGAGCUGCUACCACGACUUCUUGACCGACCUCGCCGUUACAGCUCGUUGCGUCAUCGUUUCGGUAAACUACCGUUUGGCCCCUGAACACCGUCUCCCGGCGGCGUACGACGACGGAGUUAACGUUGUCUCUUGGCUGAUGAAGCAAGGAUCUAACGGAGGGUAUUCUUGGGUGAGCAAGUGUGAUCUCUCGAACCUUUUCUUGGCCGGAGAUAGUGCCGGAGCCAACAUAGCUUAUCAAGUCGCCCUCAAAAUCACAAACACUUCAAAAAACCUCAAGGGCGUUAUUCUAAUCCACCCUUUCUUCGGCGGCGAAGCAAGAACGUUCUCGGAGAAACAACAGCAGUCCAAGUCAUCAGCGUUGACUCUCUCAGCUUCUGACACUUACUGGCGUCUAGCUCUGCCGCGAGGCGCCAGUAGAGACCAUCCUUGGUGCAACCCUCUGGUAAGCUCAUCGGCGAGGUUGCCUACUACGAUGGUGUUCAUGGCGGAGUUUGAUAUACUAAAAGAUAGGAACAUGGAGAUGUGUAAAGUGAUGAGAAGCCAUGGAAAGAGAGUUGAAGGUAUCAUUCACGGAGGAGUUGGUCACGCUUUUCAUAUUCUCGACAAAUCUUCGGUGUCACGUGAUCGAAUCCACGACAUGAUGUAUCGUCUCCGCAACUUCAUUCAUCCAUAAUCAUUCGAUAAAGCAUUUAGGAACCUUUAAGUAAAUCAAUCAAGACGUUAAAGUCAAGGCCGGCUAUAGUUCGUGCUGCAAAAAAAAUUUUAAUUUUCAAACUAUUAUUUUUCUUUAAAAAAUCCGAUAGAUAUAUGUUUUUUUUUAAAAUACUAUAAGUAUUUAAAAAAAAAUCUAUGGAAAUAAAAAAAUAUUUUCAUAUAGAAAAAAAUUGGGCCUUUUUUUUAUUUUUAAUAUAAAAAUACAUGUAUUUUUUAAAAAAAUCGGACCUUUAUCUAUUAAGAAAUAGGGGGACAACAGAUUAGGUCCGGGACGGUCGCACCGCUCGCCCCCUAUCUAGGCCGGCCCUGAUUAAAGUAAUUAAGAGUUGCUUUCUAGUGUUUUCAAUGGAUGUGAUUAGCAUAAACUAUAAACUAGUCUGAUUCCCCCUGUUGUAUUAUGUUGUUUUGAUAUAUAUUUAUAUAAGCUUUUGGUUUAUGUUGUAAUGGCUUGUAUUUUACUAUCAUGUACCCAGUGCUCCAUUGCUGUUAAUGAUAUUGAGAACUUAAGAUA